AUUCAUGACGGGAAGGGAGCAGGGCAAGUGGCCCCCGCAGGAAGAGAGCGGAACGAGUCAGCUAACGCUACUUCCCUAGCUGAACCGAUCAGCUAUCGCAAUCAAUUGAUGUCUUCUGAUGAGAUUUAAGAUAUCGCCGUGCAUUUAGUUGGUUUGAUUCGCCGUUGGUCGUCCAAAAAUCACCACCCGACACCAUGACAGAUCCCGCGGUGGCCGACACUCGCCGGUUGAAUUCCAAGCCCCAGGACCUGACGGACGCUUACGGGCCCCCCAGCAAUUACCUGGAGAUAGACGUCAGUGAUCCACAGACCGUUGGAGUUGGACGGAACCGUUACACGAAUUACGAAGUCCGCAUGCGGACAAACCUUCCCAUUUUCAAACUGAAGGAAUCCUGUGUGAGAAGAAGAUACAGUGACUUUGAGUGGUUAAAGAUUGAGCUGGAAAGAGACAGCAAGAUUGUAGUACCAUCUCUGCCGGGCAAAGCCCUGAAGAGACAGUUGCCAUUCCGCGGCGAUGGGGGCCUUUUUGACGAGUCCUUUGUUGAGGAGCGGCGAUUGGGCCUAGAGCAGUUCAUCAACAGAAUUGCAGGUCAUCCCUUGGCCCAGAACGAGCGCUGUCUUCACAUGUUCCUGCAAGAGGAAGGCAUUGACCGCCACUACAUUCCUGGAAAAGUAUGAAUGAAGUAAGUUUGCUUUAUUUGAUCCAGUCUCAAGAGCUUUCUGGAAGUUAAAGGUGGCUGCAUGGGUAACUAAAGCCCAAAGGCGAUAGUUCACACAUACUGGAGUAGAACCAUUCUAAUACCAUAUAUAAACUAUCACAGAGAUCUGACUGCAAACUGUCGCUCUAUGCUGCAAAGGGAAGAAUGCUCUGCAAGCCAGUUUUGCCUUAGCCAUUAUCAAGCAUUAACAAAAUGAAUGAGAAGUCAUUUGCAGUUGAACGGUUUUAAUUGGUAUUGAGUGGACUAGAUUCAGCUGUUUCUUCAAAACUGGCUUUCAGAAGUUCCUCACUCCACCAGUAUCAGGCCACUACUAGUGUUUUGAGUUAUGUGAACUAUUGUUUCCUGGGGAUACGUACUGUACAUCGCCAUUGACGAGCUCUUCGUGAAACAUUUCUAAUGCUGACACAAUGUCAUUGUCAAGCGCACUAAUCAUUGACUGCAUGGCAAAAUGUGCACGCUUUCUCUGCAAUAUAUUUGUCUCGGUGUCACCCCGCAAUUUCUUUUACGUGCCUGUGAUCGCCAUCUUAUUGUUCAGUUUGUCAACUCAGAUCUUUAACUCCACAGAUAUGUGUGUUAUUUUCUUUCUGUGAAUAGUAUUACGAUGUCGUGCCAUUACAUUAGUCAGUGCGUCGGUAGAUUUUGAGAUUCACAGCAAUGACCAAAUAUGUAAGCUUGAACAUGUCUCAAUAUUAUUGCUCAUGUCUGUCUCUUUCUCUCUCUUCACUGCAAAGACAAUACAGCCUGCUGCACCUGCCCCAUGUACAUUUAUUUCGACAUCACGUCAUUAUAUAGCUGGUGGAAAUGUCAGAAGUAUCAACGGUGUUGGAAAAACUAUUGCUCCUGGACAAAAAUAAGAGAUCCAAUGUAUAAAUAGUUUGAUGUUGUGUCUUUAUUCACUCAUUCCACAUAUAAUAUGUACAUUAUUUUUGAAUCGGUCAUCGGUGAAAAAGAAAACAUGUUUUCAUAUAAUUUUUUUUUCUUUUUCGUAGCAAUACAUAUUUUCUUUUUUACAAUUGAUUAUGUUUUCUGAACGUCUUUUAAAUGGAUCAAGUCUAAAAUGAGGGUUCAUUCCUGCUUUGAUUAAUGUCUUCUGUUGCUAGUGGAGAUGUGAUUUUGAUGAUGACCUCCCAAAGUCGAGCAACAUGUAGCAUCAUGAAAAGGACGGUGACGUUUCGCUCCAGUCAAUAAUUUCCCCCUGAGUUUUAUGUUCUGAACAUGCUCUUAGACAGGAUUGUUUCAUGAUUCAUUGUUUUAACUCUGCUGUUACGUCGUCAUGCCUACAAUCUGGCUGCGUGUUGUCAAAUCAGCUGUUGGGAAUGUUAAGUUGGGUUAAAAAAACAUAUCUAAGCACUGUGACAAGAGGUUCAUUAUAUGAACAAUAUUUCAUUGUUUAAAGGCGUAAUCAGCAUCUGGUUUAAUGAUCUGAAAUAUGGCUUUAUUCUGCAUUUAUUUUCUUUAGGCUUUUGUUCUGCACUUCUUUGUUUCUUGUGAGGUCUAUUAAUACACAUUAUCAUUGCAGUUCCACUAUUGGUGACUUGGAACUUCCUUGUUAAUUCUGUCCAAUUAAAUUCCCUGAUGCCUGCUGUU